AGCAACCAUCGAAGAGAUAGAGAGCAGAAAGCAAACAACAAUGGCGUCGUCGCCAUUGAUAUACAGUCCAAGGUUCUCAAGUAUAAAUACCCGCCCCAUCCUCCGCUCCUUCGCAUCACUGUCGUCGUCGUCGUCGUCGUUCGUAUUUUCUCUUCUCGCGGCCUCGAACGCCGUCGCCAUUCGCUCUUCCACCACGCAUUCUGGUUUCGGAACUUGCAGACACCGAUCGAAGCGAGCAUUUCGCGUUUCGGCUUUUCAGAGGACCCGGCCGGUUCAGCGGUUCGAUAAGGUAGACGAGGGGGAGAUGACGAUCAAACCGGCAGUUCGGAUCUCGGACCGGAAGCUGAUCGUGAAGGACCAGACGAUCGUGUAGCUGACUAACGGCCACCUUUUACACUGUAUUUUCCUAUUCGAGAGCCAAAUUUGGCUUAUCUUCGACUGCAUUUGAACUUAAUGGAAUUGCCGAAAUCCGUUGGGCAAAUCCUUUAAACUCACGAAAAUGCUCAGAAGAUACCGUGCCAGCCCCUUGAAGACCCAUUUCCUUUCUGUGCUUCCCAGAUUUCUGCUGAGGGACAAUACAGUGCACUCAUCACUCUGCUCCACGAUGCUUCUGGUUUCUUUAUCAUCCUCCACGCCUGUUUCGCUAAAAGGGAUUGAUUAAAGCAAGAUGAGGUAUUUGCGAAGGAGGGUUUUGUUUU